AAAACAUCCGAAGAAAAAUAGGCAAAAAAUAAUAAAAGGGAAUUGGUUAUUCUCCGUAAUGGCUCUCUAUGGUUAGACUACAGCCCGUUGUAUAAUUUAUUUCCUCAUUUUGUCUGCAGAUGCAUUCGACAGUCCAACCCCACGCCUAUAUUGCGUUAGGGCUGCCGUCAGAUACAAUCAAGGUCCAGCAAAUAAUCCCUAAUACGAUAAUAUCGCUUGGAAAAUACGGUUCAUUCUUUGCAAACCAAAUCAUAGGGCGACCUUACCAUCUCACCUUCGAGAUUCUUGAUCAACCACAUGCGGAAGGCAAUCACGCGCUUCGUAUCGUUCCAGUGGCUGAGUUGCAUGCAGAAUCAUUAAUAGCUGAUGAGUCUAUUCCCGGGGAAGAUGAGGACAACGAGGAGUUUCGGCACAUUGAAAGCCCCAUGCGGACAAACCGAGAUACUGUUGAUGAUAAUUCGAGCCAGCUUAUGACUAUGGACGAAAUUGAGGCUUUGAAGGCGGGGACCACACAUGCUGGCAGGGAGAUCAUCAACAAACUUCUGGAGUCCCAUUCCGGCCUAGAUAAAAAGACUGACUUUUCGCUGGCCAAAUACACACUGAGAAAAAGGAAAAAAUACCUCAAGCGGUUCUCUGUCCUACCCCUGGAUAUACCCCUCCUCACUCACUGGAUGUUAGAGCAGAAAGAUGCCACAAAAGUUUUGGAGCUAAGGGACGAGGUAAUCGGGCUCAUAGGCUGCUGGGCGAAUGUCCAUAAUGGCGGAAAUGCAUUCAUGGUUUCAGAGGCAACCGAAAUACACCAGGCUAGUCGCUGGCUGAUUAUUGACGACACUGGAGGCUUGGUUGUGGCAGCCAUGGCAGAGCGUAUGGGAAUACUCUAUCCUCAUGAGACUUACGUUCGAGACCUAGAAGACGAUGAGCUCCCCUCACGGCUUCAAGCCGAGAAAUCCGAUGGCCCACAACCGCAAAAUUCCAGCCAAUAUAGCCCUGCACAACCAAACAGCGACUCAUCUCGGCCCGCUGACACCGCUGCUUCGUCAGCUCGCCGUCAACGCUUUUCCCCAGGGAUGUCCGCUAACAAUACCACGCUCACUAUGAUCCAUCCCAAUGCUCAGCCUAACCUAUCACUUCUCAAGUACUUCUCGUUUGAUGUUGGCGACCCAUCUCCUUCACACCCCCUUCAUACCAAUCUCAAAACUUUAUCUUGGCUGCAGCUCCUCGACCCUUCCACAGAUCCGGUGUAUUCCAAUGAACCUCCGGUCGCAUCAGAAACCGAUCUAGCGAAUUUGAAACCAAAUAAACGUGGCAUGUACUAUCGCAAACGCCGGCGGUGGAAUAAAGUUCGCAGAGUUGUCGACGAAACCCGGGCAGGCGGUUUUGAUGGCCUAAUAGUUGCAAGUUUAAUGGACCCAACAUCAAUAUUGAAGCACACAGUGCCCUUAUUAUCCGGCUCUGCACCAGUGGUGGUUUACGCACCACACAUCGAACCAUUAGUGAUGCUAGCAGACUUUUACUCUACGGCCCGACGCACUGCGUACAUUAGUCUUCUGCGCAUCGCUUCCCAAAAGGACCCGGUCUCCACCAACGGGAAUCCUAAUCAUGUCAAGGAUCAGGACGGACCCAAGCAAGACGAGGCAACCGCAAUCAACGAACGUGAUUUCCCAGUUGAUCCGACGCUCCUUCUGUCUCCGACCAUACAAACAUCGCGCGUAAGGCCAUGGCAGGUGCUUCCUGGCCGAACACAUCCACUAAUGACAGGGCGAGGGGGUGCUGAGGGAUAUGUUUUCCAUGCUCUCCGGGCGUUGCCCGCUUUAGGGAAAGUCGAAGCGAGAGGCCAUCAAGCAAAUAAGAAAAGGAGGACGGAAAUCCGGAGCCAGCACAGCACGAGAGAUGCCACUCCAGCAGCUACCAUUAUUUCGGACACCCAGAAUCGCAGUUAAGAAUACGGUAACUGCCUAUCGGUACCAAUAUAUCCUCAAUCUAAAAGCUAGUAAUUUCUGGAUAUAUCCUUCCACCGCCCACGUAUCCGAACUCUCUCGCUGAGCUUAAAUUAGCACAUUAGAACGCUAGCAGCACUGUUUUUCUUUCAGAUCUAUAGACGGCUAUUUCUUUUCUCUUCUUCUAUUUUUUUUUUUUUUUUUUUAAAAAAAAAAAGGAGGUUGGGCGCAAAAUACAAAUUCGAACAUCCUUUGAGGUCCAUUUGACGAAUGGGAGUUAAAAUAUGGGGUGA